CAAAUAUUGCGAAUAAUGCGGCAGUGGUGCGUUUUUAGGCGGGCGAUAGGGUGGCUGAUCUUGGAGCACCGGAGAAUCAUUUUGUGGUAUCCAAGAAUCUUUUUGAUUCGGCUCCUAAUGAGACAAAAUUACUGAGAGGGAGAUACGUGUGUGUGUGUGUGUGUGUUUUGCUGAGAGGGGGCGCUGAGAGAGGGCGUCCGCGGUAGCCGAUGUAGCAUUCGGAUGAGCCGAAGAUGGUAGCCGAAGGAAACUUUGGGUCUUUUGGCCUCCCAACAGCGCACAGUGAUGCUCAUAGAGAGUUUAGUCUUCUCACAGUUGUUGAGCUACGGAGUUGGAUGUGCUACAUCUCAGUUUAGUGAGACAGAGAGAGAGAGUGCGCAAGUUUAAAAGAGCGAGAUAGAGAAAUAAUCGCUUUUUUUAUAUACUCAAAAAAAAAAUCACACGAAUUUCAUAUCAUUUUGAUAUUUUCACAAAAUAGCACACAUACGCUUACUACGUUAGGCAGCACGUCACCAAUACACACUGACAGCUCAUUGAGUGUUUAGUGUGCCUUUAAUGUGUGAGUGAAAGCGCAAUAGAGUGUGCGAGAGGCAUAAGUUGAUAAAUAGCCCUAUAAACAUAUUUACUUGUGAUUAGUAGUCAGUGGAUUUUUGCACUACAAAACUCCUCGUUGUGCUUCAAAUAACGUGUUCGAAGUGAAGAAAAAAAGAAGCCCACAUAGAGUGCAGUUACAUUUUUUUUAUUGAUUAAAUUUAUUUCAAUAUCUCAACUUUUUGUUGCUCUUACAUGACUUUGUGGUUACCCUGUGAAAGUUAAUUAAUUGAGAUUUUUUUUGGAUUAAAUUUGGACAAAACAAAUUUCAUCGAUUAAUCGUUGAAAUGAUCAUAAUUUUCCAUCGAAUUGAUUUUUCAUCGAUUUUUUAUUUUGUUAAUCUGAAAAGUAUGUUUUGAGUGAGGAACUGCUUUUGCGACUAGUUUAAGCCGUUUAGUCGUGUGACGUGUACAGUGUACAUCUUUACAAAGUGAAGAAAAAUUUAUAUUUUCUAAAAAAAGGAAAUAUUUCUCGACAUAAAAAAAUAAUAACAAAGAUUUAAAAAAAAUAAUAUUCCAGUAAAAAUGCAAAGAUAAAAAAAUAAAAUAAUAGAAAAAAGUGCUAAAAUUGCGCAUAAUUUUUUUGUGGCUUACAAUUAUUGAAAUAAAGAGAGACUUGUAGUAUACGACAAACAUAAUAAUUUAAAGAAGGCAGUUGAGACCGAAAAAUUCUUCCGUCUCACUCUUUAUUUUAUUUUGCCAUGGUGUUUGUGUGAUUUUCAGCUGUAUUUGCCGUUGGUGUCAGCAGAAAAACGAGAAAGACUAGUGAAGAAUAAUAAUAAAAAAAAACACCACAUCAAGUGAAAUUAAAAUUAUUACAUUUUACAUGUAAUGGAAGUGAAGGCUUUUGGACCAGCAACCGCUUAUCAUGGACCAUACACAUUUUACAGUCAGGUGCAAAUUGUAUCUUUUGUGCCAUCAUCGAGUGGUGUCUCGUCACCGCCAUCAGGUUCCAGUUCUCCAACAUUUAUCCUACCCCACGAUAUAAACCCAAAACCUGUCCACAAUAACAAUGUUAAUACACGGCGGAAGAAUGUUCCGCGUCGGAGUGAAUCUAUUGUGUCGAAUGAGGAACAUCGGAGUAUAUCCGUGUUGAGAUUGGGAGACUGUGUUCCUGUACGUCCAUGGAGUGAUCAGCCUAUUGCCUGCCUGGCUGAGAUUCGGAUGGUGUGGCGAGAUAGGAAUGAACAGUGUCUGCUUAUUGGACUGCGUCUAUAUUUCCUGCCCGAGAAUACACCCACAGGACGCACUGGUCAGGGUGAGGAUGAGGUUGUGGCCAUUUCAGAUCGUGUUGUGAUCAAGGGGGAUGAUCUUCUGUCAUGGCUGGAUGCUAAUCUUGAGUGGAAUUGGGGCUUUAGGGUGGACAGAAGAGACAUGAAGAUGUAUCCAGAACCAUCAGCUUUUGUGCCUCGUGUAUCCGUGGUCAGUUUUUCCAAAUACUGCCGCUUCAGGGCGCUGAUGAAGCGCAUGGAGAAUUUUGAGAAUGGCUGGCUGAAAAGCCAUCUAAUUGAUGCCUUGGGGGGUAGUGCUAUUGAGUUUUCCUGCAAUCGCAUUAUGUUCUGCAAGGAGACCUUUGACUAUCCCGAAUUGGAGACACAUGAAUUGCUUUGCAAUCAUUUGGCUCCAAAAUUUAAAGGAAGACCACGUGGCAGGAGAAAGAAGAUUGUGUCUGAAGCUCAGCAUCAGGGUGUCAAGUAUGAGGAUUCUAGUGAUUCGGAGUCAGCUGCCGAGUCAGAAUCUUCGAGUUGUUCGUCAAAGAUGAAUUUUGCCAAGGCAAAACUAGAGGUGCAACAGCAUUUGAGAUUCAGUCAAAGAAGUCAACGGGUUAGGCUGAAAACGGAACAAAGUACGGAAACUACGGAGAAUGAUAGUGAGAUGAAUGAAGAGAAGAUAAAGGCUAAGAAGGAGAAUGAGAGGAAAUUUCUCACGGAUCUUCAUCAAUUUAUGGUAGAGAGGAAGACACCUAUACCCAAGGUUAUGUGGCUGAGCCUUAGGCGAGUGAAUUUGUAUGAUAUCUACACGAGGGUGCAAGAGUUCGGAGGGUACGAGACUGUGAGUGUCAAUCGUCUGUGGAAGGCUCUGAAGAGAAAUAGUCCGGGAUUGACGCACAAGAAGUACGAGAAGGUGCUGUUGCCUUUUGAACUGCACCAGCGGAGUCUGCAAGAAUCCGAUGAGACUUGCAAGCGGGAAAAAGUAGCAGAAGAUGAUCAUGGAUGUACUUUGGCCAAUGGUCAAAUUGUGUCAUCACAGAAAGGCAUUAAAGUGGAGAAAAUUGAGCCAGAAUUGAGUCGAGAGCAGAUGACGGAGAUUCAGAAUAAGGUGAAGGCCAAGGAGCUCAAGCAGCAUGAGAAGGAGCGCCAGAAGAUGCAGGUUUCCGUUCCAGUGACUGUUAUUGUUGGUUCAUCUCCUGGCCACGAAGAGCAGACUACAACAUCAUCGCAGCAAAUUCAAAUACAGCAACCACGCACCACUAUUACGGUCCAUCAGACAACUAUUCACCCUCAGGUGUCUGGCAGUGGGAAUGUGACGAAGAGUAGCAGUCAACAGAUCACCAAUCAAAUUCAGAUAACCAAUGAGAUAAAGAUACAGCAGAUAACACUCCCCAAGGGCACCAAAGGGAGCGACUCCAGUGACAAUGGUGAUGAGAAUGGGGGAGGUGGUGGGAAGGUACCAUCACUUCGGCAUAUCCGUGUUAAAGCAAAUGGACGGAAAUUCCCAGAGAAUGUGCCCACGAUUGAUUUGCGCGGUGACAGUGAUGAAGAGGUGACGGUCAGUUCGAAAAUUAGUGCCAUGUUUCCGCUAAUUCGCAAGAGAAAGCUGGAUAUUUUGCGUGAAGGUGGCCUCGAGGUGACACCAAUUAGAUCCAAGGAUGUUGGUCAACCACUGAAACAGCCCCGUUUGGCGCCAAAUCAGGAGCAAAGUGUAUUCCGGAAGGUGGAGAAUAUCCCAAAAUUUCAGUCCAAAUGCAUGUUUACGCAGUCUGGAAAGGUUUUUGGGAAUCCCAAGGAGAAUGUCUCACAGAGAAUGGUCAGUAGUGUGCCUAGUACUAGUAGUGCUACUGAGGUGCUAGAUCUGACAGCUAAGAAACCCAGUGGGCGUUCCACACAGGGUCAGAGUGGAGGAAUGGCCAGCAUUAUACCCAAUUUUCCUGCACUCACCAAUCCCAAUCUCAUGAUAUCUUUUGUGCCACCAGCUCUGCCACCUAAUUUGGGGGAUACAAAAGCCCUGGGUUAUGGGAAUUUUCUGCCACAAGUGCUGUCAGAUGCACCUAGAUUGCCGGGAUUUGGGCUGUCUGGAUCUAGUUCGAAUGCUGCAGCAACUCAUCCACAGCUGAACUUCCCACAAUUGCCACCCGGACUGACAAUUGCCAAUUUGGCCGAACUGAAUGCCAACAUGAAUCCCUAUUUCCUGUCCUACAUGUAUGGCUCUGAAGGCUUCCUACCGCCCUCGCAGUUCUUUGACGGUGGUGCCAAGAAUGGCAAGUAGCUCCCUCUCGUGUCCUAGUGAUCAUACUGUGAUACGACAUAAUGUGUCUGCCGGGUUAGCGAUGCAUCAGGCAUACCGGGUUUGUACAACAUCCCCUUGUUGAAAAUGAAAGAGAAAACCCGUUGGAUUUAAACGAAUAACCACCUGUUUUUUUGUAAUAAAAAAAAAACAAACAAAAUCUUCAUGUAAUUUUUGCUGGUGUCAAGAUAUAAAUCUGGAUAGUUGUGUGUGUGCUUUCGUGUUAAGCGAUAGAAAAGAUAAAUAGAAGUAAAAUGAAGCAAAGAGAUAAUUUAGUGGAUAUGAUGAGGUCACUUUUUGUGUUAAAGUAAUAUUCAUGAAUAUUCUAAAUUUACUGUGUAAUCAUUGUGAAUAAUUGUGGAAUUAUUUUCGAAGAAACAAUACAAAGAGAGUAAAAUAAAUUAGUUUAAAACCA